AUUGAGCACACUGAACUCAUAAUAGUUGACAACAAAUAUUCAUUGCCAUUUCAUGUGACAAAAUUUUCACUAUAAAAGAUAAAUUUCGAUAUUUAUCAUUAAUACUACCUUUAUGUUGAGACAUGUAUAUUUGAAAAUGAAUACAUAUGCACCAUAGUAUUCUUAUCAGUUCUUAUCAGCGUCGUAAAUUGAAGAUUAAAUAAUGCGUGGAUUCGUUAUAAAACAAAUUGGAAAAAAGUGAUAGACUCAUAAUAUACGACUGGUCUAACUUAAUAAUUAAUAUAUAACAGUUUCAUGUAUAAGAAGCAUUAGUUCUUGUGGAACUACAAGAGAGAAGAGUCCAAAAUGCCAGCCAACUUUUCUCAUUUACAGACAAACGCGCAGAAGACAUACGUCAUGCAAUCGAAAAAACCAUUCGCCACUAUCCUUUGCGUAAGCGGUAGCUGUUUCACAUUCGUCAUCGUCGGAAUCCUUUUCAUCACCCUCUCGUCCUACGUAUAUGAAGCCAUCCUCAAUGAUCAAUUGAUCCUAUCACCUGGUAGCAAUGCUUUCAACUUAUGGAUAAAAAAUCCGAUUCCACUGACGCUGACACUGCAUUUGUUCAAUUGGACGAAUCCCGAAGAAAUUUAUACCAAAGGCGUUAAACCUAGAUUCGAAGUACUAGGACCUUAUGUAUAUGAUGAAACUAAAGAGAAAGUUGAUAUUGUUUGGAACGAUAACGGUACCGUUACUUAUAAAAAUCUUAAAAAAUGGUGGUUUAACCAAGAGAAAAGUAAAGGUUCCAGUUAUGACCCUUUCACUAGCAUAAAUCCAAUUGCUUUGUCAGCAGCUUACAAUAUUCGAAAUUGGCACGUAUUUUUGAAAAAACCUUUCGCUGCGUCGCUUAGAGCAAUGACGUCAAAUAUUUGGACGACGCAUUCGGUGCACGAGGUUCUUUUCGAUGGAUACGAAGAUCCAUUACUCACAUUAGCAACAAAAAUGUCGUUUUUCCCGAAAAGUCUCCACAUGGAUAAAUUCGGUUGGUUUUACGGUAGAAACGAUUCAUCUGACUUUGAAGGCAUCUUCAACGCGGAUACUGGAGUGGAAGGUCAAAUUGGAGAAUUAAAAUCGUACAGGUACUCAACACAUACCGGUUAUUACCCUGACCAUUGUGGAGCCUUCGAAGGCUCCUCAGCUGGAGAUUUCUUCCCCAGACGUUUAACGAAACAAUCAGUUAUAAAAUUAUUCAACUCAGAUCUCUGUAGAUAUAUGGAAUUGGAAUUCGAGAAAGAAGUUGAUGUACAUGGAAUAGUUGGAUUCAAAUAUUCUGCUGGAGACAGAUUUUUAGAUAAUGGUACCAAGAUACCAGAAAACAAAUGUUUUUGUGACGGAGACUGCAUGCCAUCUGGAGCAUUGAAUGUUUCGAAUUGUAGGCACGGAUCUCCAGCAUUCGUUUCACUACCACAUUUCUACAAAGCUGAUCCGUAUUACAUCAAUUCCGUUGAGGGGCUAAAUCCUAACGAGAACAUUUCCGAUUUUUUCAUGAUAUUCGAACCAAAUAUUGGUAUUCCUCUACAUGUAUCAGCAAGGUUACAAUUAAAUUUACGACUCCAGGAAAUAUCCGGUAUUGGAUUAUUCGAAGAUGUUCCGACAGUAUUUUUCCCAGUGUUAUAUUUCGAACAACAGGUUGUUAUACCAGAAAAUAUGGCGUUUUUGAUUAAAAUGCUAAUCAACUUCCAAACUAUUUGUAUUUCAAUUGGUAUCGUAUGCAUAAUAUCAGCGGUGAUUAUUUUUACUUGCGGUUUUUGUCAUAUACGAAAUGGGCAUGUAUUUCGUAGAGAUAAGAAGAUGAAAUAUAUACAAAAAGAAGAACUACCUCUUAAUAGACAAAGAUGAGAAAAAAAAUAGUUCAAUUAUUUAUUGUGAUUGUCGAAAUUUGAGAAUUUUAAAUUAUUGGUGUUUAGCAUAAAAAGAAUUGAUUGUUGCUAAAUUGAAAUAUCGUAGACGUGACAAUAUUUGGAAGAAGCGCCAAAAAUUAUUCAUUAAUAUACCGUACACUCCGAUGAAUAAUUCUAUAUACAUAAAGGGAGGAAAUAUUGACAGUCCGCUGUAACAUAACAAUAUAAACAAAAACUUUCUACACCAAAUCACCGAGAAUUGUUAGUAAUAUUCGCACCACAGAAUUCAAUAUUGUACUCGUGAAGAUUAUCGAUUGUAUGCAAAUUCCGUGGAACAUUCCUGCAAACGAAUGAACAAACAGUACAAUUGAAUAGAUUUGCGUCGAUUAGAAGUUUAAUGUAUAUGAAAAUGAGGAAUAUUCACUAAUUUAAUUGACCUAAAUUGAAACUGUAUGCAUACAUAAGUAAACCCUUUUAAAUUCGUUCAUACGAGGGGUGUCUAAGAUGUUUCUUUUUUAAAAAUCAUUUAUUUUAAUCCUAAAUCAUAUUUGCAUCCCUUUCCUUCAAAACAGGCGCUUACUUAUGCGAUAAGAACCUGGUUUGAUAGGAAUAUCUUUUAUAUAAUGGAAAUUGUAAAGCUGGGAAAUAUGAAAAAGUCACUGGAUGCUGGAAAAAACGAUCGCCGUCACUUUUCCGGACUCUCGUGAUAGUUUUCCCGUUCCAGAAGUAUAAUGGUGGAUCCAGGUUUUAUCUACAGUUUCAAUCGACGGAAAAAGUUUGCUCGUUUAGGUCAAACCGCGUCUAUAAAGCCUCUAACCUCAAUCUAACAAUCGUCCAAUACCAUUUGGUGAAAUUUCUCGAUAAUAAAACUGGUUUGAAUUCAGCUGUCAAAAAUAUUAUAAUCAUUUAUCGAAGAAGAACAAUUCUACUUGAUUGUCGAUGAAACAAAGGAGAUUUUAAGACUUUCAGUAGCGAUUAUUUCCUCCAUUCGCCAGUUUGCAAACAAUCAUAUUCCGCGGAAGACUGUCUCGUUCCUGCACAACUUUUUAUUUAUUAAAGAAAUCAGCUAGAAAAUUAUGGUAAAAGCGAAGAAAGAUCCAAAAAAUUAGAAAUUCUGAAAUAACUACAAAUUACGUUACCUAACCAAAAGUUUUCAGAUAACUCCCGUAUAAAACAAAUCUAUUUCUAUUGAUGUAAAACGUUCGUAUGUAUAGAAACAAGACGUUUGAACGAAAUGUUAAAAAAUGUCAUCAAUUUGAGGGGGCAGUUGUUUACCGGUAGAGAACGCUAAAUUUCUAGUAGUACUCGUUUAUAUAAUUGCGCGCGAACUAGUUGUGUUCUCAAGAACUUUUUUCUAACGGUUAAAACUAAAAACAGAACAUAGAGAAUAUAAAGAUUGAGAAAAAUAUCUAGCAAACAAUGAAAACAGUACAUGCUGAGCAAUUGCCAGAAAAGAGAACUAAAAACUGAGUUUAUAUUAUUAUAUCAUAUUAUUUUACAAGAAAUAUAAAAGCAAGAUAUGCAAACUUCUUGGAGAAGUAUAUGUAAUUAUGUAGAAGAAAAUCUUUGACACGAAUCCAAUAGCCACUUGUAAUUAAUGAGGUAUUGCAUAAUAGGUGUACCUCCUCUGUCUACUUCAAUAUCUAACCACAUCCUGGCUCUUUUGUGGUCUCCCUCCGUUCCAUUUUCCAAUUGGAGUUUUAUCUUUUACUUGUUUUACUAAUAUUAUUAAUUUUAUCUACAUCUUAUGAUCGCCGUUAUCGGUCUCUUCUUGCAUAAACUAUCAUUCCCUAAUCGUAUUAUUGACGUGAAACGCCAUAGCAAAAACGAUCUUCGACCGCACCAAUUUGUAGUAGCUUAGAAAGUAGAUAUAUUCUCAUUACGGCACUGUUUUUUGUACAUUUCGUUGAGUAAAAAAAUAAAAUAACUAUAGCACAAUCAAUUACAUUGAAAAUUUAAUUCAUGAUUCCACUAGAUCUUAAACACCAAAAGAAUUUAUGAUUAAUGAAAAAUUAUUUUAAUAUUAAGAAAAAUUAUUUUGUCGUAUUAUUAUGGGAACAGCUUAUAUAACGAACUGUGAUAUUUGAAUUGUUAAUAUUUUUAAUCUAAUUUUUAUCCUCUACAUCCAGAUUGUACUAAAAUUAGUUUAAAUUAAUUCAACGUGGGUAGAAGAGAUAAAAAUAAUAUUCAAAAAAUAUGGUGUACAUUUUCGUACGAGUUUUUUUACGGUGAACCAUUCCGCUUUCAGUUUUCUUUGUUCACUCUCCAAUAUGUCCCUUCCCUCACUAUCCUUUUCCACUCCUUAUCAUCCAGUACUUCACCACCACCGCUGCAAUAUCCUUCAUUACUAGUUGUUUCCAGCGAGAUUUGGCUCAAUCUCUUGGCCGUCCUAUUGCUAACUUUCACUCUGUUACCUUCCAUAUCAGGAUUUUCGUAUAUGGCCGAAUAAUUCAACCAUUGUCUUAUUACCCCUUUUCAUCUCGUUCUCGAUCUCUUGAUUUUUCUCUCCAAUACCUAUCGACAUUCUGCAGUCGAAGUACAUAGUUUCGGUUCCAUAUAUGAUCAUUGGUAUAAUUCCCAAUUACAUACCUUCAGUACACUCUAUUUUUAGCUCUGUUUCUCUCCUCAACUUUUAUGCUUCUAUCCUUCCAGAAUGAUCUUCCUCUUUUUAUUGCGAUGUUGAACAGAGUCGUUGAGAGAGCGCCUUACACCUCUUUCUAUUGGAAUUAUCUUCGUUGGCCCGUCGUCUUCUAAAAUUUUGGUCUUAGAGUCAUUUCUACUAAUUUAAUAAGCUUUGAGGAAAUCCCCUACUCUAUGCCUUUCCUGUUAACGCUAUUGAAACUAUACAAACAUCACAUGCAAGUCCAAUCUGUGAUCUAGUUUAAGGUCUACCUUCAAUCCAAUUACAUGACACGCACUACUACAUUGUCAAUCUACCAGCUCUCGAAUACUACCGCAGAGUUUGAGGUAUACCUUUUUUAGAAUUGCAAUGAUCAGUCCCACAUUCCAUUCAAAGGGCAUAUUUCCAUGAUAUAAUUUUGUAAUUUAUCUUUAUUAAAUUAUUUGUAAUGUCAUCUAAUCCUGGUGCUUUCCUUUCUUUUAACUUCUCAAUUACUUUUCACAUGAUGGCACAUCUUCAUCGUUUCCCUCUGGUUAUUUUUUGUUUUGUCAAUCGUUUCUCUGAAAGCGGUCUCAAAGUAUGUUUUCCUUUCUAUUCUCGAUAAUUUUGAGCUCUUAUGUAUUCUUCUCGAUACGAUGUAUUUUUAUUUACAGGCAAGGACAUAACAAAUUAUAUAAAAUGAAUAUCGCACGUUCCUCGACAUUAUACAAGGCGUUUACUAGUUUCUAUUAACCAUAACCAAAGUUUUUCUUUUUGCAAAACCUCCAAAAUUGAAUUGUCUCCGAACUUUAGCAAAAACUUACAAUAUAUUUGAUAGAUAUCAAUUCCAAAUAUCACUAUGACUAUUUUUAUGACAACGAGCUACGUUUGGCAUUAAUAUAUUUAUUAAUAAUUAUCUAUUUUAUGAAAUAAUAGGAAUAAAUAGCGACGUUGUCAUAGCUUCCAUAUGUUGCUGAAUAAACAUGGAAGUUAGUUCAUCAGAACAUAAUAUGCAUUUUUGAAGUACACACAAACGAGAAACGAAAAUAUUGAUUUUCAUCUCUUCUACGCCGUUUUCAAUAAUAUUUAAAUAUGACAUCAUGUAGUGAAUUCAUAAUAUAUAUGAAUCAAUAUUUGUUCAUAAGUUUAAUUUGUUUGUUUUUAUGUUUAAUUCGUCGUUAUUUCAUUGUAUAUGUUUUAAAUUGAGUUGAAAUUAACAUCAUUUGUUAGAAUGCUGAUCGUAUUUUUCCUUAUUUCCAAUUAUGUUAGUUUUAAUUCAGAAGUUUACAAAAACGAAAUAAAAAUUUAGUACUUGUUCAUUUGCAACUAUUAUAUAUUAUACAUAUGAUUUUUAUUCGUAGAAUUAAUUUUCUAAAAUAUUAGCAAUAACUUGUAGAUAUUAUUUCAAAUGUAAUUGUAAUAAAUUUUAUUAUAAAAAUCGUGAAGAAAA